UCAGUUGCUGCUCGGCUAGCUGCGCCGUCGGGGCCUGUGCGCUCGCACGCUUCGGCGCCCGGCCCUUCCCACCGCCACACGCGGGCGGCAACCGCCACCCAGGCGGCGCGGCGGCGCCUCCCGAGCCCGGACCCCCACCACCCCCCCACCCCCGGGUGCGCGCGGGCCCGCCCGGGCGUUAGUCUCGGCGCCAGUUCGCGGGGCCCCCGGGCCGCGGCCACACGAUGAGCUACGGGCGGCCGCCUCCCGACGUGGAGGGGAUGACCUCCCUCAAGGUGGACAACCUGACCUACCGCACCUCGCCCGACACGCUGCGGCGCGUCUUCGAGAAGUACGGGCGCGUCGGCGACGUGUACAUCCCGCGGGACCGCUACACCAAGGAGUCCCGCGGCUUCGCCUUCGUGCGCUUCCACGACAAGCGCGACGCCGAGGACGCCAUGGACGCCAUGGACGGGGCGGUGCUGGACGGCCGCGAGCUGCGCGUGCAGAUGGCGCGCUACGGCCGCCCCCCGGACUCGCACCACAGCCGCCGCGGCCCUCCGCCCCGCAGGUACGGCGGCGGCGGCUACGGACGGCGGAGCCGCAGCCCACGGAGGCGUCGCCGCAGCCGAUCCCGGAGUCGGAGCCGCUCUCGGUCCCGCAGCCGGUCCCGCUACAGCCGCUCCAAGUCGCGCUCCCGCACUCGGUCGCGCUCCCGCUCGACCUCCAAGUCCCGAUCUGCGCGAAGAUCCAAGUCCAAGUCGUCGUCGGUCUCCAGAUCCCGCUCGCGGUCGCGCUCCCGCUCCCGGUCCCGGAGCCCGCCCCCCGUGUCCAAGAGGGAGUCCAAGUCGCGGUCGCGGUCCAAGAGCCCCCCCAAGUCUCCGGAAGAAGAGGGCGCCGUGUCGUCGUGAGCACAUGCUGCGGUCUCCUGUUUGAUAAAAGAAUAUUGGCCAGUAUUGCAGAUUUUAACUGAUAUGGCUGAUCCUCCAGGGACCAGUUUCUGUGGGCGUGUAUUGGAGCAGGUUUGUCUUUACACGUUAAAGAUGCACUAUCCUCUUAGAGAAAGACGAUCAGUUCAACUAUUGUUGUACUGACUAGGACUUCUAACUCUAAUGGAUGUGGCAAACCAAUUGCAAUUACGGAAGCAAUAAACUUUUGGAACCCCAAAAGAAAGUUGAUACAGGUAUUGCAUUGGGUGGGGAAAGGAUAGUGUGUCUUUAACUCUCAAAUUGUUUGGUCCUAUUUUUUUUUAAAAAAGAAAGGGCCCUAAGUAGCUCGGAUAAAGACAGUCUCAAUUGCCAGAUGACUCAUCUGAAAAAAAAUAGAAUAACUCAGAUAUCAAUUUUUUGUUUUGUUUUGAUACAGCUCCCUUCCCCCCUCCACUACCCCAUCCUUUUUUUUCCCCCCUCUUCUCCCUCCCUAACUUUUUUCACCUUGGUUAUUUGGCCAAGAAGUCAAUUCAAACUUGUAAGUGCUGGUGGUAUAUAGCCUUUGAAAUUGUCCUAGUUGGGCCUUUAACAAUGUGAUAAUGGCUGGGUGGAGCCUUAGUAUACCUACUUGUUUCACCAGAGCCUUAGUAAGUACAUGCCUGAAACUGAAACCACAUGCACUCUGGUUUUGGUACCUUGGCGGUGCAGUAGUAGUAGAGGGUGAACUAAGCCUUUUUUCUUUUCAAACCUAGAUGGAUCGGCAAGCAGCAUAACAGGACUUGGGG